AAUAUAUCUGACACCAUCUUUAACCAAUUACAGAGCAACACGCAUCUCUCUCUCUCUCUCUCUCUCUCUCUCUCUCACACACACACACACACACACACACACACAAAUACAUGCACAUGCAAUUUCCUGUGUUACUCGGACUACUUAAAAACCCCCAACCUUUUCAGAAUUUAUAUACAUUAUGGCCUCAAGUUGUGGUAUUAACCGCCCAAACCGACAGCUUUUCCAUAAGAUACAGAAAGAGGAUAUGACAGCCGCCCAGUACAGAGUGUUCUGGCUGACUGGACUGUGUCUCGGUUUGUUGUGCAUUCUUCAGGCGACACUGAACAUCGUCCUGAGACUGCACUCUGAUCCUCGGGCCAAAAGCGACGAACAAGGGGGCUGUUACAAUCAGACCAUAGAGAUAGACGAGUUGCUGACUAGUUACAACAACCUGACUUCAGAGAGAGACAAGCUGCUGGCUAAAUACAACAGCCUGAAUAUAGAGAAAGAUGACAUCCUAGACAAACUGACCGGAGAGAAAAAUGAACUACAAGCUGAAAAUAUAAAAUUGAACAAUGCAUUGGACAAACUAAGGACAAGAUACAACACCAUAGAGCAAGACAACGUCUUCCUACAAAAAAAGUUGGAUGCUCUCGAUACUCAGGAGAAGCACAGAUGGCAGAUGUUUGGCUCCAGCAUUUACUACUUCUCGAUGAGGAAGAGCUGGACUGAGAGCAGGCAGGACUGCAGAGAAAAAGAUGCAGACCUGGUGAUCAUAGACAGCGAAGAGGAACAGGAGUUCAUCAACGAGAAGCUUGGCAGUAGUCUGGCUUGGAUUGGUCUGAGUCACAGUUACUCGUGGAAUUGGGUGGACAGUACACCACUGCACUCUAGGUACAGGGCGAAUGAACUCAACAGUUAUGUAAACACCAUGAGAUGCGCAGUAACUGCUUACCAGCAAAAUCGUAUGGAGCACUGGUUUGAUGAGAACUGUAAUAAGCGGUUUGUUUGGGUUUGUGAGAAAAAAAGAAUGAAGAAGUAAAUUUGUGUCGGUGAGCAAAAAAACAGACUUUAAUGUUUGAUCUGUUUCUUAGUGAUAUAUGCGUGAUAUUUUAAGGUAAAUCGAUCACAUUCUAAACACAGGCAUGCUGUGAUUCGCAAACAAAUUGGUUCUUAACAAAGUUUAUUACGAGGCGGUGACAGUAGAUGAGAAAAAAAAAAUAAAAUUCCAAGAUGGGCGAACAUGAUAUCCUACAAAUAUCUUUUCAAUGUUUAUAUUUCAACAUUUUUGAUAUUCUGUGUAUACUUUGUUAGGUGUGUUUGACGUCAUUCGGCAUCGACUGUGAAUCAGCUUAUUUUUCCACAUUACGAUACUAGACGGUAGAGAGCAAAGUGUAAGUGUGUAGGCUCUAGUACAUAGUUUAGGACACAGCAAACAUACCUAUGUAUAACUCUUUGCGACAUUACCUGUUUUUAAUUUUACUGACUUUACGUUAUUUUACUGAUGUUAUCUAUAUUUGUGUUUAUUUGUGUACCUUUUAUAUACUUUUGCUUGUUUUUAUACCUUUAACACUGUAGAUCACUUUUAAAUAAUUAAAUUUCUUCUUGCUAAUUUUAUUAGCAAUUUUAUUUAUCUUUUGUUGUUGUUGUUGUUGUCUCAACAAUUUGGUGUCCUUUGUCAUAUGACAGCUAGCACUGGGCAGCCUAACACGUUCAGAAGAAAGUGCAAUCUGCCCUCAUACAUGAGCUCACAGUUGUCCAUGACUGGCUAAUGAUUGACAGGGGAGUACGUAUAUGCCAUUCCUCCCACCCUAAAAACACAGGAAACCAUAUGAUUAUUAUUCACAAAUGGUGAAGCGGUAAUACAGCAAGAGUCUGUAAACUAGCCCUAGACUCUUUGAUUCUCAAUCGUUUGGCUUUUGCCUCGGCUACAUGGCUAUGUACUGUAUAAUGUAGUGGCUGCUCAAAUUUGGGUUUAUUUGGCCGAAGUCUAAAUUUAUUAUUGUCGUCAACGUCCAAACCAUGUUUUCAGUAUUUCAAAGUGUUUCCUAGUUUUGCGAUUUCCUAUUACAUGUGUGCUUUAAAUAGGAGGGAUGUGGUAGCUAACUAGUUAAGCUUUUGUUCUGAUGAUCAGAAGGUUGUGGGUUUAAAUCCCAGGUCUACCAAGCUGCCAGUGUUAGGUCCUUGAGCAACCCUCAAUUGCUCAGUUGUAUAAAAUGAGAUGAAUUGUACCAAAUAUCACAAAUGUAAAUGGAAAUAAACUGAGGAGGUACCUUCACUGAAGUGCACUGUGGAUGCGCUCACCUGAGGUGUUUUUGUGUAAGGUAACGCAUUAUCCAACUCUGCACUAUUCUGGUUACUGAUGCACCAGCAUGUGGCUGUGAUUCUCCAUAAAUUCUACACAAAUUGGUGAUCGCCUCAGUCCACUUUAAAUUUCAUAUGAAAACGGCGGCAGACUUCGGCUCCUCCCCAUCUUUCAGCGCGUUCUUCAAUCCACAGACCACGGCGUCGCAGAGCGAGGAUCAGAGGACAAGUGUGUGUGUGUGGGUGUGUGUGUGUGUGUGUGAUCAGGAAGACUCGUAUUUGGCUUGUUCAGUACUUAAAUGUUAUACACAUCUAUGCAAUACAGUGGAAUGCUGCAAUAAG